AUGCGUGGAACCAUUGACGUAGACUCUCGUAUGGCGUACGAGUUGCGCCUCCGCGAUGUCGCGACCAGCCGCGAAGAGGCGGAUGGGAGCUAUCGCUCGCUGGAUGAUACACAUCGUUUGGUCGAAGAGGUCCCUCGAGGAUCGACAGACGAACCCCCUCGCAUCUGGACGUCGUCUCCAUCCCAGAUGCUUCAUGCAGACGAGCACAAGCGUUAUGGUAGGACGAGAGAAGAGUCAAAUGCUACUCCUCUCCCUCAGACAUCACCAAAAGGAACUCGACAAAGGAUGAAUUCCGAGGGCCUAUCAAGCGAACCGCCGAUUUGGGCAGCGUGCGCCGAGAUCGUAUGGGCACGUGAGAGUGAGAUGGUAGAGAAAUGGAACGCCGAGAUUGAUGCCCUGCUUGUAUUCGCGGGUCUCUUUUCCGCGGCGUUGACGGCGUUCAAUGUACAAUAUCUCAUUUCACAACCUCAGUCUCCGCCUAGCAAUCCCACACCGCAAAUCACCAUUCAGAUACCUGCCCAACUGAUUUCUCUUAUCACGGACGCCGGAAGUCGGAACAACUCCUUUGCGGACCCAAUAUCAAUAGUCCUUGCGUCAUCAAACAACUCAUCAUCAAACAACUCGGCUUUGACUACAUCGUCUAUUGCCGUCAACACUCUCUGGAUUGCGGCGCUGGUGUUUAGUCUCGCUGCAGCUUCUAUCGCCAUAUCAGUCAAGCAAUGGCUGAACCAGUUCACAGCUCGCGUUACCAGCAUGCCCCGCCAGAACGUAGUGGUCUGGUACUCUCGACGGCGCGGUUUCGUGAAAUGGAAGGUUGAAGCCAUCAUCAACCUCCUUCCAAUCCUCCUGCAGAUCGCCCUCGUUCUCUUCCUGAUUGGACUCAUGGAACUGAUCUGGACGAUCAACAUGGUGAUAUUCUACACCGCCAUACCAUUCGUGGCGCCCCUUCUACUGUUCUCCCUGUGCACCUCGGUGUUCCCGGCCAUAUCGGCGGACUGUCCGUACCGUUCUCCGCAGGCAUGGUGCAUAGCUGUUUGUGUUCAGUGGAUCAAAUCAGGCCUCGGCAUCGGACGUCGGUCUGUCGACUGGAUUGAGUCGGAGCGCGACUUUGUGACAUCGCAAGAUCAUCGCUUCGCAGACCCCAUGCUACUCGUGGAGGCGGACGCGGCCGUGAUGGACGAAGUUUUCCUGAAGACGGUCAUUCAGCCAUAUAUGGCUACGUGUUCACUGGAUGACGCGACUGAGAUCCUCUUCGGUAUCUUCCAGAACAGAAUCCACGGCAUCUCUGACAGCAGAUUAGCGUGGAAUGUUGAUAGGAAUGCGUUAACCACUAUAGCGCGGAUGACAUUCGACUUGCUCUACCGGUUCGUCAACAACCAAUCCUCUCCUUCAUCCGAUGCCCCACCACAGAAGGCACCGAUCAACAUACCUCCCAAGCUUGUGACCGUUCUACAGAAGCUGAUCGUUGCAAUGCAUGCGGAUCCACGCGCAUCAGUCUUCCUUCGUCUAUUGCGGUUCCUCACGCGAGAUGACCAUCGCCUCUCAGUGGAUGUCUUUAACCGUCUUGUAGACGUUGUUCUCGAGGACGCUCGAGGGUAUCUGGAGCAGGGAAGUCGCGUCCAUGAUGUGUAUGAUUCUCUUUUUAAUCUGCUCGAAAACAAGAAGGACAUUUUGUCAGGCCGUGCGCGUAGCCGCUUGAUGCACAUCGCCUUUGAUAAGUCCGAUUGGCUGGCCAUCCUCAUCUCCGAAUCAGACCGUCCUGGCACUGCGUCUUCAUCUAUUCUUCUUCAUGCAAAUCAACGUGAACCCGCGGCAGAGGAAGCUGGAAGCCCCAACGGAGACAUUAGCCCACUGGUAAUAUUGGAGGACUGCCUCACAAUUGCUGAGAGGGAUUCUGUUGGCGCACAACUACGUGGCUUCUCGGCGUGGAAAAAUCUGAUCAGACUUGUCCGCCAAGGGGGCACUGUGACAUAUGACACGUUCAUUCAGCACGCCGAGGACAUAUUCCUGACUCGUGGAGACGCAUAUAAUCUCUGGCUUGUCCUCUAA